CCAAAAUGGUGCGAAAACCAGGGCUCCCAAGCCAGCCGUCGCUUUGCCAUGCCGUGGCGGUUAUUCGCACUACUUUUCUGGUUGUGGAAGGCGAUGGAAGGUAUUCAUUCACGGCUGCCACGUAGCAGCGCUGCCUACUGGCUCCUCCACGCUACAGAGCAGCACACGCCCUGAAAGUGAGCUGCAUUCGAGUGGCUAAACAUCAUGCUCAGAGCACACAGGCUGAUGCUGCUGCAGUGGCCCAGAACAAGGUUUUCUGCUUGUGCUUUGCCCAGCAAUGUGACCCUUGCUGUCUUAGCAGGCACAGUGGUAGUGCAGCUUAGGCUGGCCAUUGUGGCUCAAUCACAUGGGUUGCAAGAAACCAGUGCUCUGGUACCAAUCAGCUGCCGUGUCGUUGACCCUGCAGUGUCAUAAGGGAAAGUGUUUUGGUUUACUCACCAAGUGUGUCAUAUGCCAAUCAGCAUUGAUUGCUGGAUGCAGUCACUAACAGUGUGCAUUCUUGUCAGCGUGUGAAGUCUUCUGUGUGAUUCCCCAUCUGUGCCUGGUGAUAACAGUGACUUGCUAGGUGUGACUUUUAACAGGACAAUUGUGUGUAUAAAAGUGAUCAAACACCCUCACAGGGGAAAGCCUGCUCUUGUGAGCAGGUUUUUGCAGUCUCUAAGGCAGGGGAGUGUCAAUGUAUGCAGUUAUCUUUCCUGACUGUUUUUUCUGAACUUGCGGCGAUAUUUUAUUACAUUUAACUAGGUAGGUCUCCUAUGCAUACUUUACAAUGUGUGGUUACAGAGGUGCCUUGAAAAUUGGCACGAAUGUGUUGUGUUUGACUGCAGACCUUCGCAUGUCAUUUGACAACACACUGAUGUGACAGCUCUUUUUUUUUUUUUUUUCGAUCAUAUCACCUGUAGUGGAGGGCUGGAAUGACUGUGCCAUUGGCUCUCACUUAUGCCAGUAAUGACAUUGCAAAUGCUAGGUAGGAAAAGCAAGAUUAAUGCUUACCUAAUGUCUUUUAUUUAUGUUAACACAUGCUCCAGCAUGUUAGUGCUGAUGUUGCCAACAUGCUAGUACGUAUUGCUAUUGUGAAAUAGUUAAUUUACAUGGUGAGGAAGUCUGUGUGGUAUCAUGAAUGAAAUCAUUGCAGGAUCUUCAUAAAUGAUUUUGGGCAGAUGUAAAUUCCUUCUUGAAGGUUGUACUAGAUGGAUUGCUUGUGGCAAAUGACAUGGAAAUCUGAUUGCUGUGUCAUUCUCGUGAGCUGCAUUUGGGGAUAUGUUCAGGUGUACUGGUUGGAUAGUUAAAGAAAAAAUAUUAAGGAAGAAAUACAAAAUUUCAGCUUUCUUUUUCCACGAUUUAUUCGACUCCACUGCUGUCAAUAAUUUUUCCGCAUGACUUUUGCCUGCUGGUUGAGCAUGAGACAUCACUACUGUGCUUAUGUUCUAACUCUUCUUUCACGAGUCAACAAAUCAAGUGCUGCAUUGUGGGAAAUAAAGAAAAGUGCUGUUCAAACUACUUUCCACUUGACCAGACAUCCUCCUUUCCCUCACAUUUCAAACUUUCAUAGUGCGGAGGCUAAUUAAUUUUUACAUUUGUAGAAAUAGUCCAUUUAGUAAGUGUAUUUGUCCCUCCUUUUUUUUAGUGAAUAUAUGAAUUGAGAGAACCUGACAUUUCAUGUUAGCAUGGUGAUAGAUGCUGUCAGAGAAUCAACUGAUUUGUAUUUUUACUGCAGAAGCCCAUAAGCUUUUCAAACCAUGGUGUUAUUACCCCGGAAACACGCCUGCUUGAAGGGCAUAACAAAUGUCAUUGCAGAAUCAAAUAGGCACACUGUGUAAAAAAAGCAGGAGGAAUAAAUGGUUCUUCUGAAAGCAAAAAAUAAAAAUCAGCACACAUGCACAAAUGUGAAAUACAGGAGUUUGAGGCCAGUAUUCACAAACCAACCUUAUCUUAACGCUAUAAGGCGGCCUUUCGUAAGGAAGGGAAAAGUGUAAGGAUAAGAAAAGGUCUCAGUGCAGUUUCAUAAACUCGCCUUAUUUGGUUUUAAGGCAGCCUUACGGAAGGCGGCCUUCGUCAUAAGGAACGAGCAUGGGAGCGAGGCUAUCAACUUUUACUGACUCAUUGUUGGUUUAUUAGCAAGAAAAAAAAGCUGUAUGCUCGUCAAAACAAUAAGAAAAACGCAGGAAUGCAUACCCGUGCAAAUUUCGGUAAGAACGUGCCUCGUUUUGCCGCACAGUUUGCUCCUUUUCUCUGCUAACGUUUUACCGUUGUCAUAGCAACCGGCGGCUCGCGUAGACGCGCCGGUCCACGAAACGCUGGUUUCUACGAGGGCACCGACAGGCGCGUGAAGUUGCGAGCGGUUUUUCUCCGUCUGCCUGCGUGUGUGCGUGUGGCUGUUUGCGUGAGUCAUACAUACGCUUCUUACUGAGUACAACAGAAAGGCAAAAAUUGAAUUUCAAUGAAGAUUCAGCGCUUGUAUUCGACUUGAAAGCGUCGCAUUAGGUACUUUUAGCUGGGCAUUGACGGUCCGCUCCGGUCAGACCGGCGAAUGCACACGAACGCGUAGAAGGAACUGUAGUGCGCGUGACUCAGUUAGCACCCAAACACGUUGAAAGAACUGUAGUGCGCGUGCGCAGAGCGAUCGUGGGACCGGCGAAACGUAGAAUGCAUCUCGCUCCGCUCGUGAAGCCAACUGACCCGAGCGUGAAGAUGCGUCCACUUGGUUUUGCCGUCGUUUUGCACCCGAGCUCACCGCGUCUCGGCAAAAGGCGCUCGUCAAAAACACGAAAUGUAUGUAGUGAAACCUCGGUGAUACGAUCACAGCUCAUACGAAUUUUGGGGUGAUACGAAUUUUUCGUUGGUCCCGGCCAAGGCCCAUUGUCCUGCAAUGUAAUGGAGUACGGUUGUUGCGAACCGAUUUUCACCCAGCGACGUUUGAUACGAACGUACGCUAGUGCUGUCCACGGUGUCGCGGAAGACGUGCCAAGCACGUGCGAGCGCGGGAACGCAAGCGUGGGCAUGCGCGCCGCACCGCCAAAUCGUCAGAAUCAUGGCGUAAGAAAAACAAUUUUCUUAUGGUCAGAAUAAACCUUCAGACACACGUCACGGCCUCCGAGAUUGUGUGCGCGAAUCUUUGAGGCUCUUAUGUGCCUCGGUGUGCCUUCGUGUUUAGAUUACAGAGGACAUUAGCGCCAUACUUUUUUUUUUUUCUCUAACGCGUUGACGUGGGCUGCGGCCCUGAAAAACAAUAAUUGAAAAUGUUCGCCAGCUUUCUUUUGUCUCAUGCUAAGUUUCCAUGCUUUCUGGUGAUACGAAUUUCGGAUGAUACUAAUAUUUUUGGUGAUCCCGCGAGAUUCGUAUCACCGAGGUUUCACUGUAGUUCCUGCACUCUCUCUGGACGCUACAUCUGUGAGGGGCUGAGCGUAAGCGACGCUCAGCAAGAGCCUAUUGUGAUAGCGAAGAAUUGUGAUUGCACGCGGUGUUAGUGAAGGACAACGCGAGAAAGCAGCGGCUACAUGAGUGCAAAAAUGGGUAAAAAAUAUCCUAUCCUGCAGUGAAACACGUCGGCUUCCGCACCGUACCCCGACUGAUUUUUUCACACGUUCAAUAAUGCGGGGCAGUAUGGCAGAGGUAUCUCCACCAAGUCACCAUUCACAAUUUGAAGAGUCCCUGCGCCGUAGAAACAGAGCGCCACCAGCAGGAGCGGUGGCACGAGAAAACCGACGUAGUGGGGGCUCGUUUCUUGCGGCAAGCUCGGGGACAAAGUGCUCGCUUCGAGAAGCGGAAUCUGCUCAGCAAAACACCGUCGCUGAACUCUUCCCUGAAAUUUUGAUGGUUGCCGAACACUCGCACCGUUAAUUGCACAUAUGGACGCUCAUCGUGUACGUCACCUUUUCUUUAAUGACUUUGUAGAGCUUCUUGCGUAAUCAGCCAUAGCGGGCCGCAUAAGUGGCGCCUUAAGGUACCUGCCAGGCUACCUUAUCGAACGCCACCUUAUCACGGCGAUAAGGUUAAGGAAAGGUUGAAUUGAGGCAUAAGGUUUGUUUAUGCAACGCGUUAAAGUGCCGAAAAGGUAAGGAGGGCAAAAGAUAAGGAUAAGGUUGGUUUGUGAAUACGGGCCUGAGUGCAGUGAUUUAAAAAGAAAAUGUUGGUUGAGUUAGUUUUGUGCUUUGACUUUAGCAUUUUAUAACCCAGAAAAGCCAGUCUUUGAAUCCUAGGGUUGUCUGGAACCUGCUUUGAACUUGUGCUGCACUAAACACUUCUGUAGUGCCAUGUGACAUAAGGAAAGCUUUGAGUGACUUCGCAGGCAAGAUCUUUAUGCCCAUUGCAGCGCAUUCACCGGUGGUUUGUGGCAUCGGUUGAGUUUGGGUAGUGGCACCUUGGAGAGUUCACAUGUUCAACAACUUUAAUAUGCAGCAUUUUGCUGCUUGACUGGCUCUAGGGCUGUAGUGGCGCUCUAUUUAGAGCCUGGUAUAGUAAAUUGUGUUUUGAAUUGCAUAAGGCAAUGGAAGAAUUGAAUAAAGUGAUGAACAAGGGUACAUACAGACUUGUGGCACUGAUUUCUAUGUUUCAAGUUCCUGUGCAGGAGCUGGUAGAGCUUGAAAUGCAACUGCCUAAGCAGUAGAUGUGCAUCAUUCACAUUUGCUCUACUUUUAGUUGACACGACCCUGUUGUUUAAGUGACGACAUAGCCAGGUGUGCAGCUAGGAUUUUAUUUCAGAAGCCACUCUGCAUUCCUGUGUGUGUGUGUGUGCGCGCGUGUGUGUUAAUGGCCGAUCACCCGUAGUGGGUCGAGCCAUAUCACAGGACCCAACCAAUCAACGCGCCGACCCAGCAGCGGCGACAGCCAGAAUGGAACACUCGCUACCUACACGCGUCAGCAUCGUUCACUCUGGAGGACAUGGACGCGCCUGAGAAAGAUCCUCCGGCGACCAAAAGCGAAAAGCCGACGCAGAAGCGGGCAAAGCGGGACGAACGUUCUCGCCGGCGCGCCGAAAGCCAUGAGGUAUCGCAGGCUUCCCGACGUAGCGACACGGCGGGGUCGCAGCUAAGCUCGGGGUUGACUGGUGUCGACGACAGGUCUCACGUCUCGCGGCGUUCUAGCGGUUCCCGUCGCACUCGGCGUUCCGCGUCCCGUGAGUCCAGCAAGCAUGUGCCUCCCGAUAACGCGCGGGCCGAGGUUGCAGUGUCGCCAGUGUCGCGUCCCGAGAUUACGCCGGAUAUUCACGUCGCGCCGCUUGCUCGGAUUGCUUCACCACUUCCGGAUGUUCCUCAUCCACCGGUCACCCCGGCGUCGCCAUUCGUCCUUCCGUUGGCCGGCGACCCGGCUCCAGCGGAGGCGUCGGGAGCCGUGCCCUCGCUGGAUGAGACCUCUGAGAAGCCUACGUGCGUGGCGCCUGGCGCUUCGAUGGAGCCGCCAAGGCGCGCGUCCAAACAGGAAGCACCGGCAGGGACGCUGCAGGCCAUCGCGACAGAACCGGAAGCGGCGCCGGCUGAACAGCUGCGCCCCGAGGAAGCCGCUGAACAACGGCCGGAGCCUGUUCAGACAGCUCGCACCAGCAAUGCACCGGAAGAGGGACCAGAGUCGAAGCGCCCUGUUGUCAUCGCUGCGAUGGCCAUAAUCGUCUUCGUACUGGUGGUGGCAAUACUCAAGCACCUUCGCGCCUCAACCGCCGACGUCACCGGAUGCGUGGGCUGCGCAAACAGCACGCAGUCGAUCUAG